AUGGAAAUCAAUCGAGAAGCUUUUAUUGCAGAAAUCAAGAACAUAAAUUCCUCUGAAAAUGGGCCAAUUAUCACUGAUUCCAAAAGUUUGGAUUUAUUUUUGCAAGAAUUUAAAAUUGAAAAAAAUCUCGAGCUACGAUUCAUUGCAUACUGUCUCAAACUCAAAUGCAUUAACUUUGAAACUUAUGCAGAAGAACUUUUACAAAAAAUUCUCGACUAUGAAAAGGAAUCUAAAGAAAUUCUUGGUAAUUUUUACGACGAUCCUCUUAAAGCAACUCCUGAAAACGUUUCUAAGGUAAUAACUGCAGAUGUCCCCCGCAGUUUUGGAUUUUUCAAUGAAAUCUGUAAAGAUAUGGGGGUUAAAUCUUUAGGUGAAGAAUACGGACAUUUAGCAUCAAAAAGAAUUCAUUCCAUUAUAGCCCUUAAGUACCCAAAGCUUUCUUACAUUCAAGGAUAUGAUCGUUAUACGUUAAUUUGUUUUUCUUUAGCAUUAAAGAUAGUUCAAUCAUUAGGAAUCGAUAACCACUAUGCUGAAGGUCUAUGUUUUGAUCUUAUUAUCAAAUUCAUUCAGAUUUCUUCUUUUAAUAUAAUCUUAGAACAUCCCCACGAACAAGUCAUGUUUACCUUGCUUGAUAACGGAAUAAGAGGACUCAAUCCCCGGCUGUAUGAUUCGUUUAAAGAAUCUCACAUGUCAUCUUUGUAUUUUGCUAUGAGUUGGCGCCUUUUGUUCUUUACGCAUGUUCAUCCAACAAGGCAUGUAUUGUUAAUAUGGGAUAGAUUUUUGCUUCAUUCGAAUCCGAAAACAGAAAUUGAUUUAUUUUUUGUUUCUCUUGCUUUAGCUCAUAUAAAGCAGGUUAUUAGUGUCCUUGAUAACCAAGAAUUUGGAAGUACUACUGUUGAACUGAUUCAGGCUUAUCAAAAUUAUGAUUUAAAUCAGAUUUUUGUCGAUGCAGAUGAAUUCUUUAACAAUCCACCUAAAUACAAUGAAGACCAGGAGAAUGAUCUUGCUGCAACAGCAGUUGAUGUAUUGCAGGCAACUGCUAAGUUUGCAACUAAAGUUGCUGUCAAAGUAGGAAUUAGAAUUUUAAAGAAAUAUAUUGGAGAGCAAAUCAACGGAGCUCGUGCCCCUGUUGCUAAUAAUGCCAAUGCUGACUCUCCUUCUGAUUUUACCGCUGAUAUUUUAUCUAUUCUUAGUGAUUUGUAUAUGUAA